UUCCAGACAGAAGAAAAACAGCCACCGCGCAGCAGACAGCACUAAUGUCCCAUAAAAUGGAGAGCGUUACCAAUGUCAUGGAGUAUGAGAUCCUAGCAAAGGAGAGGCUACCCAAAAUGAUAUAUGAUUAUUAUGCCUCUGGUGCAGAGGACCAGUGGACACUCCAAGAGAAUCGAAAUGCUUUUUCUAGGAUUUUGUUUAGGCCCCGUAUUCUUGUAGAUGUUAGCAACAUUGAUACAACCACAAGUGUCUUGGGAUUUAAGAUUUCAAUGCCCAUCAUGGUUGCACCGACUGCAAUGCAGAAAAUGGCUCAUCCCGAAGGAGAAUAUGCAACAGCGCGAGCAACAUCAGCUGCUGGUACCAUCAUGACAUUAUCCUCAUGGGGUACUUCCAGUGUAGAAGAGGUUGCUUCAACAGGACCAGGCAUUCGCUUUUUCCAGCUCUAUCUGUAUAAAGACAGGAAUGUUGUUAUGCAACUUGUGAAAAGAGCGGAAAGGGCUGGUUUUAAGGCAAUUGCCCUUACUGUGGAUACACCUAGACUUGGCCGUAGGGAAGCUGAUAUAAAGAACAGGUUUGUUUUGCCACCUAACCUGUCACUGAAGAACUUUGAAGGACUGGAUCUUGGAAAGAUAGAUAAGACUGAUGACUCUGGACUUGCUUCUUAUGUUGCCGGGCAAGUUGACCGGUCUCUUAGCUGGAAGGAUGUGAAAUGGCUUCAGACAAUAACACACUUGCCAAUCUUACUGAAGGGUGUAUUAACUACAGAAGAUGCAAGGCUAGCUGUAGAAUCUGGAGCAGCUGGAAUUAUUGUGUCUAACCAUGGGGCUCGACAACUUGAUUAUGCUCCUGCUACAGUUAUGGCCUUGGAAGAGGUCGUCAAAGCAGUUCAAGGAAGACUUCCUGUGUUCCUUGACGGUGGAAUUCGCCGUGGGACAGAUGUCUUUAAAGCACUGGCUCUGGGAGCAUCUGGUGUAUUUAUUGGAAGACCAGUUGUGUUUUCAUUGGCUGUCGAUGGGGAGGCAGGCGUUAGGAAAGUACUUCAGAUGCUCCAUGAUGAGUUUGAACUGACAAUGGCCUUAAGUGGUUGUCGCUCAAUCAAGGAAAUUAGUCGUAGCCAUAUCACAACUCCUUGGGAUCCCCCUCGCGUCACACCCCGGUUAUAAGCUGAUUUCUCAACUUCAUGCAAAUGAUGAUACAUACUUAUUCAUUAAUAAAGGUUCCCCCUAUGAGAAUAAUGACCAUUAGUUCAUCGUC